CACGCGACACCAUUUCACCUCUUGAAUUCUUCCUUACUUUCUUUUCAAGUUAUAUGUCCGAUUAUUUAGUUCUUGUUUAAUCUAUUCGAUCUUUAAUGUCUCUCGGAUCUACCGCUCUCCGUUCGUAAAUCAUCAUGUUGUCUCGAGCUGCACAGAGGCAUACUCGAUUACAGACAAUCCGAUCAUACAAUGCAGCACGAGAGCAACUAUACCUUCCCUGGUUGUGCCCAACAUACCCACGACUGCGGCAGCCAUGCCAUCGAAGUUUGACUACAGCGCCUGGGGAGAAUACGAUUCCAUUGAGAAAGAGGCGGAAUUCUAAGGAUGGCGCAAAUCCUACGGUUCGAUCGCUGGCAACUGCUGCACAUAUGCCGUUGACGGAUGAGAUUCCAUUCGUUGAUAGUAUAAACCAAGUUGCAUUGAAAUACCCCGGGCAAACACAAGACCAGUCUCGUCUGUCGACUAUUAUGCCCUUCGACCCAACGAAGAUGAUUUCCCUGGAAAACACCCUGGCGCUACCAGCGGAACGAAUGCGGAUGAAAAAUGGAGUUACAGGAGAACAACGAGAAAUUUUUGCGAUAUUGGAGGCAUGUUUGAGGCUGGGGCGGAUUGAGCGCGCAGCGGCUAUAAUAAAACGAUCUGUACCGUUCCUGAAGCUUUCCCCGGAGGAGCUCGGAAGACUUCACAAUGAGUAUCUGAAGGCGUCUCUGGAACGAAUUCUCAGGGAACCCAACGCCGAACAUGCUCACGACAUGCAUAAAUGGUUCGAAGUAAUGGUGCGAAGCAAGGGCAUCGAAGUUACCGCUACGACAAUCGCAAUUAUGCUUAAAACUUCACUACAGUCUCCCCGAGGAGCCCGGCAGGAUAGACUGGUAAAAAGAUACAUGGAUAUGGCUCGUGGGGAUGUUGGAUUGGAAGUUCUAAGCAUGGUUGAUAUCAUGUCCGCCGAAGAUUUGGAUAUUAUCAAUCAGAUCGCGCCUGAUCACAAUAUACUUGCGAAACUGCACUCUAUAGUUGACGAGCAGACCAAUUUGGAGGACGAUAUUGCAGCAGCCGACCUUCAAUCCUCGAAAACAACAACUAAGGUCAUUAUGGACGUUCGCGCAGCUCCCCAGAGAGGUUUCGGGUUGAAGGCGCUCAAGCAGUCCCUGUCAUUAUUUUCUCGGAAGCCUGAAGGGUUCAAUGCCGACGUCCUCAGCGUGGAAGAGCAACGCCUACGUCAAAUUAAAUUGGAGGAGGACUCAAUCAUUUCUGCUGUCGACAGAUGGAGGAAGGAGAGCGCCUCACUCUCCAAGAUGGGACUUGAUACAUCACUUCAAACCAAGUCUUUAGGCGCAAGAAUGUGGAAGUGGCAGGAAGCUCUAGAACAACGCCUCAACCAAGAACUUCAAAGUAUUGACAAGGCGGAAGCGACACCGGAAAAGGAGAAAUCGCAGUUGGAUGUCGAGCGUUGCAUAUAUGGCCCAUUUCUGAGGUAUCUACCAACAGAUAAGCUGGCAGCAGUGACGAUUUUAACCUCCAUGCAAUGCCUAAGCUCGCAUGGGACGGAUAAAGGAAUGCCACUUGCAUCUGUCAUUAUGUCCAUCGGAGCCAACCUUGAGGACGAAAGCAUCACCGAGACUAUUCGCAAUAACACUACCAAACAAGGGUGGCAACAAUUAAAUAAGUCUGCCAGUGCAGGGAAAGGACUGGGCCUAGCCCGUGUAAUAAAAAACAAGCGUACCCGGCAGCAGUUGACAGAUUCACUAGCAAAGUUGGUACGAGGAGAUUCUGCGGCUAAGCAUGAUCUUUCCGACCAAUGGAACACUGAGUGGUCAGCAACGAUUAAGGCCAAAGUCGGAUCAUACCUUCUCUCUGCGCUCAUUGACACUGCCAAGGUACCAGUCACAAUGGAAAAUACGAAGACUCAGGAGCUCUUGACACAAAUACAACCCGCUUUCUCGCACACCCACCAAUACAAAAUCGGCAAAAAGACGGGCAUGAUCCUCGCCAAUCGUGCGCUGGUAGCAUCCCUGAAGCGUGAGCCCGUCCACAGUCUGCUGGCAAAGCAUUUGCCCAUGGUAGCUGAACCAGAGCCUUGGUCAGAGUUUAACCAAGGUGGCUUCAUUUCUCACCCGGCCAAGGCCGUGCGAAUUAAAGGCGGCGAUAAAAACCAACGGCAGUAUCAAGAGGCUGCCAUUAGAAGAGGAGAUAUGGAGCAAAUGUUUAAAGGGCUGGAUGUUCUCGGGAAAACCUCUUGGGUGAUCAACCGACCUGUAUUUGACACCAUGCUGGAGGCUUGGAAUACUGGAGAGGCCAUUGCGAAUUUCCCAGCUGAGGAGCCGAAGUUAGAGUAUCCGCCCGAACCCCCGGCUUCCAAAGACCCAACGGAAAGGCGCAAAUGGAUACGGAGUUUGAAGACUAUAGAGAACACACGAAGUGGAUUCCAUUCUGCCCGCUGCUUCCAGAACUUCCAGCUCGAGAUUGCGCGGUCGCUGCGAGAAGAAAAGUUCUACUUCCCUCACAAUCUAGAUUUCCGUGGACGGGCGUAUCCUAUACCUCCAUACUUAAACCAUAUGGGAGCUGAUCACUGCCGUGGCCUCCUCAAGUUUGGCAAAGGGCGGGAACUUGGCGAAGCCGGCCUCAAAUGGCUGAGAGUCCAUCUUGCUAACAUCCAUGGGCACGACAAAGCAAGCUUAAAGGAACGCGAACAGUAUACUGUUGAUCACAUUGAUGAUAUUUACGAUUCGGCAAUGAAUCCGCUCAAUGGAAGAAGGUGGUGGCUAGAUGCGGAGGACCCUUGGCAAUGCCUCGCCGCUUGCCUCGAGCUUAAAAAUGCGCUGGACUCUGGAGAUCCAACUAAGUUUGUGUCGCACCUUCCGGUGCAUCAAGAUGGAACUUGCAACGGACUUCAGCAUUAUGCGGCUCUUGGCGGCGACGAAUGGGGUGCAAGACAAGUUAACUUGGAACCGGGCGAUCGACCAGCUGAUGUUUACAACGCCGUCGCCGAAUUGGUCAACGAGAAGAUGGCUGUUGAUAGGAAGAAUGGGAACAAGUGCGCCAUCUGGCUCGAGGGUAAAAUCAAGCGCAAGGUCGUCAAGCAAACGGUUAUGACGAACGUUUAUGGUGUCACCUAUAUUGGAGCCCAAGCCCAGGUCAGAAAGCAGCUUGUUGCUGCUCAUACCGACCUUCCCAACGAAGGCAGCUUCAAUGUCAGUCUUCUAUCUGGAUAUGUUGCCACGAAGAUUUUCGAAGCCCUGGGAACCAUGUUCAGAGGCGCACAUGAUAUUCAAUUCUGGCUUGGCGAGUGUGCCAGUCGAAUCUCGACAUCUGUCACACCCCAGCAGUUGGACAGGCUUGAACACCUCCACGAAGAGGCACUGGAUCAAAGGGUGCCCCGGCUGAACCGCUACCACAUUUCUAUGGUUGAUGCAGAGCAGCAGUUGCAGUUCAAGUCGAGUGUCAUCUGGACAACUCCUCUACGAAUGCCCAUUGUGCAGCCAUACCGCGCAACGAAGUCACGAACAGUCCAGACCAAUCUACAGCAGAUAACCAUCUCGGAGCCUCACCGAUCUGACCCAGUCAGCAAGCGAAAGCAACUUCAAGGCUUCCCGCCCAACUUCGUGCACUCUCUCGACGCCACACACAUGAUGCUCUCGGCCCUCAAAUGCGAUGAAGCGGGCCUGUCAUUCGCUGCUGUCCACGACUCCUUCUGGACCCACGCAGCCGACAUCGAUACCAUGAACGGCGUUCUCCGUGACGCCUUCAUUCAGAUGCACUCCGACAACGUCAUUGCCCGCCUCGCUGUUGAGUUCGAUGCCAGAUACAAGGGCAGUCUCUACCUCGCACACGUCAAGUCUGACUCCGAGUUCUUCCGCCGUGUCCAGGGGUGGCGCGCAGACGUUAAGGCAGGCCGCAUCGAAAACCCCUACCGCGGGCCCCAAGGGAAGAAGUCAAAGAAACAGUCGCAAAAGAACAUGCAGCUCGUCGAGGCACUGCUCGAGCGAAAGCGUGCGCGCAUGCUUGCAUCGGAUAAUCCCGAGACAGUCGCAAAGGGCAAGGCGAUGGUGACGCCGGCGAGCAUUUUCGAGGAACUGCAGGCGUAUAAUGAUAUUAAGGGUGGCAACGACACACCCAUUGUGGGGCUCGGGGAGAAGGGUGCCGCAGAGCCGAAAAAGAAGGCUAAAGCUGCGGGCACGGAGUCCGUCGAGAUGGAGAAUGAGGAUGCGGACGAGAACGAGGAGCAGGAGGAGCCGGAAGAGGAUGGUAGUGAGGGAGAGAUGGAGGUCGAGCAUGAUGCCGAUGAGGGUUCUGAGAAGCGGAACGCCUUUUCCAGGAGCGUUUCGAAGAAGCGGAUCCGAUCGAAGGGCGCUGUGCUGUCGGUCUGGCUGCCCGUGUCGUUCCCGACUGUUCCAGAGAAGGGCUCUUUCGAUGUCACCCGUCUGAAGGACAGCCAGUACUUCUUCUCUUAGAUGUGUCGUCACACCUCACACCUGAUGACCAUCGACAUCACCAACCACCUUCUUCCGAUCUGCCUCCCAUCUUUUGGGGCGUUUAUAUAUAUAUACAUACCUAUUUAUCACCAAAAUUUCGGCGAUUUUCAUUCAUUCAGGGGGGGGGGGUUUGGGUGUGCAAAGCACACAAGGCGCUAGAUUUUUGGUAACGCAAUUCAUUUGAAAGCACGCGGCAUUUGCGGGGUAGCAUGCGUUUUAGACGGAGAGAGAGGGAAGGAAGGCCAGAGGAGGCCGCUGCAUUGGGGGUGUUGUAAGAUCAUUGUAUGUAUAUAGGGAUGAGGAGGAUGCAGAGGAGUCUGGCUGGCAUUGUAUAAAAACCAGGGAGGAACUGCAUACAAUUUAGAUAUGUACAGAUAGAUGGGACUGUACAGCGAACACAUUUAUACACAGACAUGGGAGCA